AUGAACAAAAUCGUAGUCGAUCUUCAAGUUCCACCUGGGACACUGCAAGUAGCAUCGAUAUAUGCAUCACUCAGUAGAGUGAAGAAAGGGGAUGAUAUAGCUGUCCUUCGACCUGUCGACAUGGAGCUUCUACAAGUUCAACCUUCUUCUGCGCAAGACGCUGAACUGAAACGUUUAGAUGAACUUGACAAAAAAGACAAAACGAGAGUGUACCUCUUUCAUUUUUUGAAACAUGUUCAUAUUAAAUCAAAAUAUAUUGAUAUAAAAGGAAAGUUUUGUGGAAUUACAACUCAAGUAGAGUCCUUUAUUCCUUCCAAUUUAGGUCAAUCAAAGUAUAAUACAGCGUCAACUAAACAUGAAGCAAAUUUAAGCAAUGACCGUGAUCAAGAUAAUCUUGAUGAUAGUGAUACCAAUGACGGUGAACCCGAUGCGAACGUUUAUAAACAUAAAAAGACGAAUAACUCAAUAUCAUUUAGAUCUGAUCAUUUAUGGAAUUUCUUGCUUGAUGGUGAACAUGUUCCUGAUUUGCGAAAAUUGAUUGAAUUUGCAUUUGCUAUUCCUGCAGCGAAUUCCUUCUGUGAAUCAGUUUUUAGUCAAAUGCAAUUUCUAUGGAAUAACAACAGAAAUAAGAUGAAUCAAAAUUUAGCUGGAGCAGAAUUAAAGAUUAAACUCAAUACUCAUCUAACAUGCACAAAGUUUGAUGACUAUUUGUUAACUAAACCCGAUAUACUCAAAAAAAGUCGAUCAUCAGAUGGGUACAGUCAUAUUGCAAAAGUACCACGAAUUCAUUAUUCAAUGGUUAGAAGUGCAUAA